ACUUGUUUAUUAUAUUUUGAUAUCAUGGAAAUAACUUUAGCCUACUAAUUUCCAGAUACUGACUGUUUAUUUCUCGACAGUGACGCUUUUUCAAAUUGUGAUAUACGCAAUCAAGGGAUCAAAAGUGAAAUUGAUGAAAUUAAUGAAUCUAAAUCUAAACUGACAACCUCUACAACAAAAUAGCAGAAUCACUCCCAUUACUACCUGUAUCAUCAAAAUCAAAAUCAAGAUCGGGAGCCGUAGCAAAGACAAUCCCACCACAAGAAUCAUCGUCAUCAUCAGGUGAAUGUGCCUUUAAACCAAGAGAACAUACCUGCAGAGCUGAGCCAUGAAACGGCUCGUGCCUCCCGCCGCAGCGGAGAGCCGGGGGGCGAGGUGCAGGGAACCCGUGGCCGUCACCGUCACCUCGGAUACUGCCCUGGGUGUGGGGGCGUGUGCUGGGGUGGUGGAGGCGCUGGUCAAGCACAUCCUGUACCAGCGCUGCCAGAUCCCCGUGCCCUUCGAUGCCCUGGAGAGAGAGGCCAGGCUACAGCGGUCACGCAGCCAGGCAUAUCUCAGGGACGCCGCGCUGCCACCACACGCCCGCCAGAACAAGAUUUCCAGAAAGGAAGAAAUUAUGAAACAUAAAUUACAAAGGAAGAGACUGCAGUGGUUGUGUAAAGUAGACAAAUUUCUGCAAAAUUUUAACUCCUUGAAAGAGAGUUUACACAAUGAACUUAAAAGUGGCAGCGUCCAAGGGGUCAACAUAAUACUCGGAAGCUCAGUGAUGACGGGUCGGGAGAGCUACCUCAUCAGGCUGCCUGAAGGCUACUCCAGUCAGUCCAGCACACAGCCUGCCAAGGCCCACAACACAGGCUUGAAACUCUUCAGGAAUCUAGUUACAAACGAGGCCUUGCUGAAGGUAAUGAAUCAGCCAUGUGGUGUCCAGAGGAUAUGGGUCAUGGUGCAGAAGUCUCCUGGCCCAGAGAACACCACAGACCACCCCAUGCCCCUGGGGGGUGACACAACAGCUGCCAACCUAAUUCCCCGCCCUGAGUAUUCUGAAAACCGCCGAGCCACAAAGGUAGAAAUCGAUAUCCAGCAUACAGGUGUCAGUGCUGCCAUGGACCUCACCCCCACUGUCGGCUCUGGCAUCACCUUGCAUAACCUUGGGAUAAAGAGGUCCCUGUAUAUCAGUUCUCCAAGUAUGUUCCAUUCCUACUCUUCCAACAGGAAUCAAGACAUGUUGCCUUGCACUUAUCUGGGAAAGUUGGAGUCUGGUAAUGGAGCAAGUGAUUCAGACAGACACAAAAUGCUCCCUCCAAGUCUCAUCAGAAAUUCAGAUUCCACUUACAACAGACCCAUUUUAGAAACUCCUGUGAAGAUGUUCAAAGGAGAUGUCAUUCCUGUGGUUGAGACUCCCGUGCAUUCUUCAUUCCACAAGGUUGAAUCCUUCACACCGAGCAAGCAGUUAGCAAAUCAGCUUGGGACUUUUAACCUCUCAGAUGGCAUGCUGGACACAGCCUGGUACCAAAUUGACUGCCUCAUCUCUGGGUUCAGAGACAUGUGCACCAGGUCUUAGUGUAGGAUGUUUUAGGCUCAAGAGUCUCAGUCUUGAUCUGCAUAAUGUAAUCUGCAUAAUGUGUACAGACUGGUGCUAAGUUACAGUUGUUCCUCAUUGACUUUGUUGUUAAAUGUUAUAAUAAUGUGCAUAAGGAUGGCUGUGUGGAAUAUAUUUACAUGUGCUGCAUGUUUUAGGGUGUGUGUGUGUGUAAGAUUUUUAAUAUAUAUCCAGUCUCGCCAUUUAGUAAAAUAAGAAAUCAUUCAUUGCAGUACAAAGCAAAUAGGCUGUUAUAAGAACUGAAGUAAGUUUAUCAUACCUUCCCUCUUUUCAUGAGUUGUUCUGUAAUUCUGCAAUGUUAAAGUUAUUGACUCAUGCAGGGCCCAGCAGCAUUAUACUUUAAUCUGCUGUAUAAUCAAACAGUUACUGUGAACUUUGUUAUGAAAAUCACUUAAGGCAACACACAAAAAAAAUAGGAACAAUGCCAUUUUUUAAUGCUUGAGAAAAAAAAGACGUAUGUUUACCACAAACAUUUAUAUAUUGUAAAAACUCUGUUACUGUUUUAUUUUACAUUAAAGGAUUUUAUACAAG